GGUUUGAAAAAUGGCGAUUACUGUAGUCUGAUCUGCAUGUUUAUCCUUAUAAGCGAUGUAGGGAGAAGAAGAGGGGAGAAUUGUUGUGGGGUUCGCAAAGUUAGUCCACUUAGAAACUGUAGGCAAGGAAGAGAACAAGGGGGUUAGCUAGGGGGCAAUAGCUAACCUCGUGUGUGUUUCAUUUUUAAAAUGUCUGAACUAGACGAGUUUAGAGAAUUUAUCCAUGAGCGACUAACAAUGACAGCUUUGGAGGUUUUCAGAGGAGUUGAAAAAAAGCUUACUGUGUACCAAGAAGAAAUCUCUCGAUGCAAGGAGGAGAGCGCUAGGCUACAACGACUGUUGAACAUUGUUACUCAACCCGAGAUCAAACUACACCUAACAGAUGUGCAGCAGCUCUCUCUCUCGAAGCCCCCACAGAUUAAAGAGGAACAGGAGCUGUGGACCAGUCAGGAGGAAGAGCAGCUCCAAGGACUGAAGUCUGAAACCACAGACUCCAUAUUCACACAGGAAUCAGAGCUUUCAAACUUGAAAAUGUCCAAAUUACAAAUGUUGGGAGACAUUUUCAGUGUGAGAUUAACAACAGCAGCUUCAGAGAUGUUUAUAGCCAUUGAAAAAACGUUUGAAGAGUACAGAGAAGAAAUCUCUCGUUCUGAGGAGGACAGGAAACGGCUCCAACGGCUGUGGAACAUUGUUACUCAACCUGAGAUCAAGCUACACAGAACAGAAGUGCAGCAGCUCUCUCUCCUGGAGCCCCCACAGAUUAAAGAGGAACAGGAGCUGUGGACCAGUCAGGAGGAAGAGCAGCUCCAAGGACUGCAGUCUGAAACCAAAGACUCCAUAUCCACUUCUUCCAGUGUGGGACAUGACUGGGAUCAGGAUGGCUUCUCUGAAUGUUCACAUCUUGACCAAGCUGUCCAAGUGGACAACAGAGAAGGAGACUCUCUACCCACCAACACAACUGAGGAGCAAAUCAAAGCAGAGACUCAUGUACAAGACUCUCCAGCACCAGAACCAGGCAGUGACCCUCAGCCCCUCUCUGUUGUAGCUCCAGACUGUCCUGCAGCUCAGAGUUUGGAGGAGGAGGAACAUGGAGGAAUGAUGCCUUUGCUAGAAUCAGUCAAAUCAAGCAGAAAAAGAAAGAACACAGCUCUACCCAUGGAAGGUAUACCACAGGGCAGUUACACAGGAGAUAAACCUCAUCAGUGUCAAGAAUGUAACAGUACUUUUAGUUGGAAAUCUCAUUUGCUUGUUCAUAUGAGGACACACACAAGAGAGAAACCAUUUCAGUGUCAGGAAUGCAACAAGAGCUUUAGAUGGCAGCCUAAUUUGAUCAUUCAUAUGAGGACACACACAGGAGAGAAACCGUUUCAGUGUCAGGAAUGUCACAAAACCUUUAUUUGUAAAACAAAUUUGAUUGAGCAUAUGAAGAUACAUACAGGAGAGAAACCAUAUCACUGUACAGACUGUAACAAGAUGUAUAGUCGUAAAACUGGUCUGGUGCAACACAUGAGGACACACACAGGCGAGGAACCAUUUCAGUGUCAAGAAUGUAACAUGAGUUUUAAAUGGCAUAAAUCCUGGAUUCAACACAUGAGGACACACACUGGAGUUAAGUCUUAUCUGUAUAAAACAAUGUAGCAAGCUUCUUUCUUUUUUUUUGGUGUGACAUGGUGGAACACAUUAAGAUGCACACAAAAUAUACCAUAUUGGUGUCAGUAACAAUGGCACGUUCAGCCGGGAGAACCUUUUUGGUUGCUUAUAUGAGAAGACACAAGGGGCCUUAAGUAGGAAGAAUUGUCAACUUUAGUUUAAUGUUUAUUCAACAGCAGAAAAUCCCGCUGGGCCUGUUUUCAGUAGGAUCACUAGUAAAUAUGAAAUCAAACCGACUGGAAUCUGUUUAAUGUGAGAUCAAAGGGAAUAAAGUUAUUUUCAUGACGU